AUGGCUUCAGCAUCCGCAGCAGAGGAGACGAGCUACGACUUGUCAGAGCCGGAAGCCUUACUCGGCUUCCUCGAAGAUGCCGGCAUCCGCCUGGUGCGCCUCGAGUACCUGGUCGAGCUCUCUGCGUCCGGGAGGCCGUUGCCGCGCCGUCAAGAGGCGGAGAAGGAGACGACGAGCUCAGGGGCGCCGGCGCUCGUAGAGAGCAGCGAGCUCAGAGAAGUGAAGAUUGACCCCGAUACCGCCCACAUGUCCGUGAUGCUCCGGCACCCGGUGCCCAGACGGGUCCGAGUCCACCUUGUCUCCUUCAGCCACAUGUGGGAGAGCAUGCAGCAUCCGGAUCCGUGGAGGUUCCAGCUGAAUGCCAUCGUGGAGGAGUUCCGUCCACGGCUCCUGGAUUCCGUCGUUUGGAUCUUCUACGACUUCGUGUCCUUGCACCAAUACACCAGAAACGGAGAUGAGGACAAGGUCUGGUGGGUGUCUCACUUGGCUCGGAAAGGCGUCCCACGCGAGUUCCUGCGCCAUGGUCGCAACUGGUCCACCCUCGGCCGUGGAAAGGUCCAUCCCUGGUGGUACGAGUUUCCGUAUCCCAUCGUGCACGUGCUGCGCCGCGAGCAAGGCUUCCGCAGACACCCGCGUUCUCAUGGUGGGAUGACGAUCAGAUCUACCAUCCGCUGCUGCUCCAGCUGCUGUCCAUCAGCGCCGAUAUACCUGGAUCCAUGUUUCAUGCACCUCCCUCGUGGUUUACGGUGCAGGACUCACGCCCUUUGA